CUAUUUCUGUGAUUUUCUGGUGAAUGCGGCAGUGGAUAAGCGUAGUGGAAUUACCAGGUUUUCGUCGGUUACCGCAGUAAGUGUAUAGGAUUGUGACGGAGAACUAACUAACAAUAUACCUUAAAACAUUGUAGUUACCGCUGCCAUCGUAAGUAAGUUGACGCAACGUAGAAAAAAUGAUUAACGAAUCAACGAAUGACAGUGCACCUAACAAGAAAUGUUUACCAGCAAAUAUCAAAACAGAAUGUGAAGAACUACAGCAAAUCCGGUAUGAUUCCGGUAGCUACAAUGAAAUUACUAAAGGUGAGACGAAUGUUUACCAUGCACAGGAGGUUGCCCUCAAACAGGAAGAAAGCGCAAAUAUAGUAUCUUCCACUUCAACUAUUGAUGUUCGAACUAAACACCUGUGUCAGAUUUGUGGAAAACAAUUCGUCCAGAAACGAAACCUAAUCCAGCACCUGACCAUUCAUAGCUCUGACAAACCGUACACCUGCGAUGUAUGCGGAAAGGAUUUUGCCACUCACGAGUACCGCACUCGGCACAUGUCUGUUCACACGGGUAACUACAAACAUAAGUGUGCAAUAUGUGGGCAAGGAUUCAUAAUCAAAUCACGCUUGGAAGAGCACCAGAGCAACCAUACAGGGGAGCGUCCUUACGAAUGCACUGUAUGCGGAAAAGAUUUUGCCAGUAAAUUUAGUCUAACUCAACAUAUGAGUGUUCAUACGGGAAAAUACAAAUAUAAGUGUGAUGUGUGUGACAAAGGCUUUCAUACAAAAUCACACUUUGGGGAGCACAAACUCAUUCAUAGUGGCGAGCGACCCUUCAAAUGCAGUGUUUGUGGGAAAGAUUUUGCCACUAACGAUUAUCUCACACGGCACAUGACAAUUCAUACGGGCGAUUACAAGCAUAAGUGUGCCGUGUGCGGUCAAGGAUUCAUGAUGCGAGCACGCUUGAAGGAACACGAGUACAGCCAUACAGGGGAGCGACCCUUCAAAUGCACUGUAUGCGGAAGAGCUUUUACCACCGAACGUGGUAUGACGGAACACGUGGGCAACCACAUGGGUCAGUACAAAUUUACGUGCGAAGUUUGUGGGAAAGGUUUUCAACAAAAAACCCACUUUAGGGAGCACGCACACGUGCAUACAGGAGAGCGACCGUAUCAAUGCAGUGUAUGCGGAAAAGAUUUUGUCAGUAAGCAGAGCCAAAUUCAACACAUGUCUACUCAUACGGGCGAGUACAGGUUUAAGUGUGGUGUGUGUGACAAAGGUUUUUAUUUAAUUUCACACCUUAGGUAUCACGAACUCAUUCAUAGCGGUGAGCGGCCCUUCAAAUGCACCGAAUGUGACAAAGCUUAUCGAACCAAACCACACCUCAUGGAACACAUGUACCUGCACACUCAAGAACGACCUUACAAAUGCACCGUUUGCGGUGAAGAUUUUGUCGGUAAACUUAUGCUUGCUGGACACAUGAAUAUACAUUCAAGCAAAAGUAAAUAUAGAUGCGAAGAGUGCGGUAAAACUUUUUCCGAUAGUUCAAAUUUGAAGAAGCACAAACGCGUCCAUACCGGAGAGCGACCUUUCAAAUGCACUGAAUGUGGGAAACAAUUUUCCACUAACUCUACCCUAAUGAACCACAUGUCUCUUCACACCGGUAAUUACCCACAUAAGUGUGAUGUUUGUGGCAAAGGAUUCAGAGACAAAUACCGAUUGGCAGGGCACGCCUUCAGUCAUACCGGCAAGAGUCCUUACAAGUGCACGAUCUGUGAAAAAGUGUUCAAUGUACCGUCAGGAUUGAAGAAACAUGAACGUAUUCAUUCAAAACCCUCCAAGUGGUGACAGACACGAGUGUAUUGACUGACAAAAGACUUAUCGUUAAUGUAGGUUUAGAAACUCACAAGCGAUUCCAUACAUAAGGAGAACAUUUUUGAAAGUAUACAUUAUCUGACAAGACAGUUAAUGCAGUCAAUGUACUGAAUGUAAUGUUGGUUAAAUUAAAAUCUAUGAAUUGAAGGCAAAAUAAAAAAUAUCUCUGCGGAAAA